AUGUCGAACUUUUUUAGAGAUAGUUCAAUGGGCUUUAAACCUCGACCAAACAUCUUUGCAAAAUUGAGAGUCAGGGAUACAGAGUCUGGACCUUCCUUAAACAGUGACGUUGACACUUCUGUCGAUUGUCUCGAGGCUGAUCCUUCCAUGGAGGGAGAUGAUGCGUUCAAAAAACCUAACAAAACUUCUACUGGGCGAGAGGUUGUCACGAAUGUGGAACUUAAUCAGAGAAGUUGUAGCUACCCUGACGACAGGAUGAAUACAAGCUCCCCGAAGAGCCUAACGACUGCGGAUCGUAAUAACAGAGCUUUAAGCAAUGGCGGCGUCACGAAUGAAAAUGAUACUGAUGAAGAUUUUGAGAUUACAGAAGUAAGGGAAGUGAGCGAAGGUGUGGAAAAGGAAACAAAGGGAGGUCACGGGGAUCCUAACGAUUCGGAGACAACGCUCAAAGAUAGCAAAAUUCAUGAAUACGCCUUAACAAAUAGCAAGCCCAUCUUGCACGCACCACUUGAUACCUCCAACACAUCUUCAAAUGAUGUCCUUCUAGAAGCUUUUACAAACACUCAAAGAAUAUGUUCCAACUUGAAGCAAGAGCUGCAAAAGCAGCAACAGGAUAAUGCCAAAUUGAAAAUUCGACUACAAUCAUAUGUUUCUGACUCUAGCAAAAUUAAUGAGAAGGUCGGGAAAUAUAAAUCCUGGUUAGAAACUCUUCAGGAAAGGAUUACUACGUUGACAAGUCAUAAAAAUAAUCAGGAUGUCAAACUAAAGGAUUUAAAACAGAACCACCAACUAUAUCAGAGAAGGAUAAGCGGGUUUAAAACAACCAUUGAAAACUUGAACGGAACAAUAAAAGAGGUAGGAAAACAUAAAAAGGAGGCAGAUACUGAGUUAAUGAAAAGGGGCAAAGAGAUAGAAUAUCUAAAAAGAGAGUUAGAUGAUUGCUCGGGCCAGUUGAGUGAGGAAAAAAUCAAAAACUGUUCGUUAGUACACGAAAUAGAAAAAAAUAGGGAGGAAAUGAUUAAAAGCAUUGGAGAAUUCUUUUCAGAAGAUAAGGCACACCAUUUACUGCAGUUUACCAGAUUUGAAGAAAAAAUUCACGCUUUAUUUGAGGAGAAGUUACAGGAACACUUAAGCGUUGCGGGAGAUACUUUUAACGUGAGAUUGAAGGACACCACCGUAGAGUUGAGUAGUCAUACAGAGACUAUCCUAAAGCAGCAAUAUGAACAGUUCAAGGAAAAUCUACAACUAAAAAUGACAUCUGGUGAAGAUAAAAUGACAGAAACGCUUACUGAACUGGGCAUUAAGCAAAAAGAACUUGUCGCAGGGGUACAAAAGGAAAAUUUAGCAUCAUCGAAGAAUAUUGAAACUGUUUUGAUGGCUGAAAUAAAAAAUACAAAGCAGGACCUACUUGAUGAUUCGUCUCAAGCAGCUAAGAAUUACUUAGGUUUGGAAAACUUGCUGAAGGAAUAUAAGGCGGAAAUAAUUCGGUCGGACGAAUACGAAGAAAGAAUAAAGCACUUGGAAAGCGAACGGUCGACUUUAUCUUCACAAAAGAACCAGAUCAUCAGCUCUCUCGGUACAAAAGAAGCACAAUAUGAAGAUCUUGUUAAAAAAUUGGAAGCAAAGAACAUAGAAAUAUCACAAAUUUCUGGUAGCGAACAAAGUUUGAUCGAAAGAAAUGAGGGCCUUUCUGAUGAAUUGAAGAAAGCUCAAGAUCAGCUCGAUAAAAUAAACAAUUUGAACAUCUCAACAAAAUCAAAUUACGAGAAUAAAAUAUCUUCCCAAAAUGAAAUUGUGAAGGCACUAACGUCCGAAAACGAUACUUUGAAACAAAGGAUUCAUCAGCUGGUAGAAUUCAAGGAAAACGCACAAAGGGACCAUUCGACAAAGUUGGAAGCCUUUCAAAAAAACAACGAGCAACUACAAAAGCUAAAUGUCGAGGUCGUACAGUUGAAGGCCCAUGAGUUAGAGCUUGAAGAACAAAAUAGAUACUUGAAAAGUUGCUUAGACAAAAAGGAAAUUGGCGUUGAAGAGUCACUGAGUGAUAUAAAAACUUUGAAGCAACAAGUAAUAGUCUUGAAAUCGGAAAAGCAAGAUAUAACGGCUGAAAAGUUAGAGUUACAAGAUAAUCUCGAAAAUUUGGAAGAACUCACCAAAAAUUUACAGCAGAAAGUACAAUUACAAAAGAGUGAAUUAGAAGAGAAAAUUAAAGAGCUGGUGGAGGUCAAAAACCACAAAAGAGUUGAGUCUAAAGAAAGGGAUACACAGAAAUCUACAAAACCAUUGGAUUCACCUAAGAAAGGUGAUGCAAGGUCGGAAUAUUUUCCUAAUAUCUCUGCAAAAGUAAAUCCUCCUGCAACAAGGCAUCCUAGAACCGAUCAUAUAGGCAAGUCAGUAAGAACAGAAUCAUCCAAAGAAACAUCGAAAUUCAACGAUGAGUUUGAUCUUUCUUCGUCUCCAAAUGACGAUUUAGAGCUAACCAACCCUUCUCCUAUUCAAAUUAAACCAAUAAGAGGAAAAAUUAAAAAGGGAUCGAACAAUAUGAGACCUCCAAUUUCUUCAAGAAAAAAAUUACUAUUAGUUGAAGACGAAGAUCAGCCAUUAAAAAUAAGCAAGAAAAGAAGGAGAAAGUAA